CGCAGAUAUGACGUCACUUAUCUCCUGGAAACGCAAGGCUGUUUGAUCACUGACGUCAUGGGCACGGAAUAACCUCGUUAAAUUCCGAAAAGAGCCGAAACAGCAUCAUGGUGAAAUUCGUUUUCGUCAUAGGAAGGAGCCAGCGAGAGGAUAGGCAGGAACGACAGAGCGGAGUGGCAGAAAACUCGGAGAAGAAACCAUCUUUUUAUAGUAAAAAUAACAUUUAUUGGCUUUGGAAGUGAAAAUCUACGUAGAAAUUACAUAUUUCUAUGAAAAGUUGGCUCCACUAGAUUGUGUCACAGACGUGCGAUAAGUAUUCUGUGCCUGUGUCCAAAAUAUCCAGUUUUUGUGGCUAUUUACAACCAUCGCCAAAUUCUAUUUCAAUGUGUAUGGCUAAAGUGUUUUUUGGUGAGCCUGUACUAGCCUUCAUGGAGUUCCAUUUAGACAGCGGGGAAUACUGCCAGGCUCAACACAAAUAAAAUACCAAUUUCAAAUAUAAAAAAUUAUUUUUAUCAUUGGGUUGACCUCCUGAGAGCCAAAAAACGUAAUUUGCGAAUCGAAAGUGCGUUGAGUCAGAGAUCGCACCCUCAAUUUCAGUUUUUUCUAUCUCAUCAUUUUCAACACUUAUGUGUAGAGACAUAUCAGAGUUCUUGUUUUGAUUUCGAAAUUCCGAAUUGUUUUCGCAAUCCAUCGUAAGGACUGGAACGAGUAUAUUUCGAGUUUUCAUUUAUCGGAAAAUAGAAUAAAUAUUCAAUCUUCUGAACGAUUUUUAUACUGUAACUGAUUACGUAAAUUCGUCUUUUGAAUAUUGGUGGAAUGAGUAUUAGUGCAAAUAUGCGCCAAAUUGACAUCCGGCCAUCUUCGGCCGAGAUCAACUACAAAGGAUUCAGGUUUCUCAUCACAGAUAGGCCGUCGGACCAAACUAUCCAUAAUUAUAUUCAGGAGUUGAAGAAACACAACGUCACUGCUGUGGUCAGAGUGUGCGAACCAAGUUACAAGACUGAAGAACUGAAAAAUGAAGGAAUCGAAGUCUACGAUUUGCCUUAUAACGAUGGCAUGUCACCACCAAAAGAAGUAGUGGAAGGAUGGUUCAAAGUAUUAAAGAAGCAGUUUUAUGACAACCCAAAUUCCUGUGUUGCAGUACAUUGCAUCGCUGGCUUAGGAAGGGCGCCCAGCAUGGUUGCAAUAGCUUUGAUCGAACUCGGUCUUCGAUACGAAGAAGCCGUCGAACUCAUCAGAGAAAAAAGGCGAGGUGCCAUCAACGCGAAGCAGCUGGCAUUUCUAGAGAAAUACCGUCCUAAGUCACGACUAAAGUUGAAGAAUGGACACAAAAACUCAUGCUGCAUACAAUAAAUCCAUAUAAAAACUAUAUGUGUUCAUUAAGGUAGAUUUUUGGCACAAUUAACCAAUUUUUAAGUUUGAUUCAAAUUGUAGAAAAUUGCUUAACUUUUUUUUUCAUUUUGAGGAAAAAAAAAUAUGUAUAAUCAAUUAGUUGACAUCUAUAUAUGUAUUUGCAUUAUAACAUCAAAUAUUUUAUAUAUGGACAAAUUGUCUGGAGCAAUCCUGUAAAAUAUUUGUUAAUUUGACAAUUUUUCUGUUGUGAUCAUUAUAUUUCUCUUAAUCUAAUUUAUUUUUUUAAAUGUUUUCUUGAAUUUAGAUUUUAAAUCAAUUGUCCUUGUUUAAUUUGGGUUUGAAAUCAACUUCUUGCUAUAAGAUUCAACUCAAGUGUCACAUUUUCUGUAAAUUUCUGAAAUAUAUAUUUUAUUAUUAUGGGAA